AAAACCCUCAUUGCAUUACAAGCUCAAUCAAGCUAUCUAAAUUUCCAACAUAUAUUUCUUUUGCCUUUGAAUCUAGCCACCACCCUCCAUCCCUCAGUCCCCCAAGCAAAGAACACAAAUGGAUUCCUGUGUUCGACUUCUGCUGGUAACGCUUCCAGGGCAAGGGCAUAUCAAUCCUGGCCUCCAAUUCGCCAAACGACUUGUCAAAAUGGGCGUCGAAGUCACUUACGCAACGGCCUUUUCCGCCCUCAAUCGCAUGACCAAAAGCGCGACCACUCCACCGGGCUUGACCUUUAUCGGCUUCCCUAAUGGCCACGACGGGUGGGAAAUGGACAACAUGGACCACCAGAUGGAAGAGCUAAAGAGGCGCGGGUCGGAGGCUGUAGCAAAACUCAUCACAUCACAGGCUGAAAAAGGCAAGCCUUUCAUGCAUGUGGUUUAUACCACACUCGUCCCUUGGGCAGGCCAAGUUGCACAUGAUCUUCAUGUGCCGUCCACUUUCCUUUGGAUUCAACCUGCCACCAUCUUGGAUAUUUACUAUUAUUACUUGAAUGGUUAUGGGGAUUCCAUUGGGAAGAACAUGAACGACCCCUCAUGGUCAGUCGAAUUACCGGGACUACCACCGGUAACCGGCAGUGACCUUCCCUCUUUUCUGCUUGCUUCAAACACCUAUAAUUUUGCACUUCCAUUACUUAAACAGCAUUUUGAUAUGAUUGACGCCCAAAACAAUCCCAAAGUAUUUGUGAACUCCUUUGAUGCUUUGGAGUCUGGAGCCCUAAGAGCAAUCGAGAAGCUAAACUUGGUUGCUAUUGGGCCGUUAAUCCCGUCGGCUUUCUUGGGUGGAAAGGAUCCGUCAAACAAUUCUUUCGGAGGAGAUCUCUUUCAAGAUUCAAAAGCCUAUAUCAAAUGGUUGGAUUCAAAACCUAGUGAAUCGAUUAUUUAUGCAGCCUUUGGAAGCUAUUCGCCAAUAGCGAAGCAACAGAUGGACGAAAUUGCACAAGGGCUGCUUGCUUGUGGAAGGCCCUUUCUGUGGGUGGUAAGAGCCACUGAAGAAGAGAAGCUGAGUUAUAAAGAGAAAUUGGAACAGCAAGGGAUGAUAGUGCCGUGGUGUUCUCAAGUGGAGGUUUUGUCACACCCGUCAGUUGGAUGUUUCAUGUCUCAUUGCGGGUGGAAUUCUUCUUUGGAGAGCUUGGUUUCCGGGGUUCCAAUUGUGGCUUUUCCACAAUGGUCGGACCAAGUUACGAACGCAAAGCUUAUCGAAGAUGUUUGGAAGACUGGAAUAAGAGUGAAACCGAAUCUAGAUCAAAUAGUCGAGAGUGAUGAGAUUAAGAGGUGCAUAGAAAUGGUGAUGGGAAGGGAUGAAAUGAGGACGAACGCUAAGAAGUGGAAGGAUUUGGCAAGGGAAGCCGGUAAAGAAGGUGGAUCAUCGGAUAAGAAUCUCAAGACUUUUGUUGAUGAGGUGAGGGCUAGAAAAGUAGAAUGAACUGUAUGUACCAAAAAAAAAAAAAGUAGAAUCAACUGUUCUACAAAACUGGUGUAUUUGAUUGAUAGGGUUUGGUGAAAAAAUGAUGCGUCCUUUUCGAUUGGUUAGUUUUGACUUUCGCUAUCGUCGCCACUGUACUUAGCUAAGUGACAUCUUGUCAGAACCCAUCUUUGUUGUUUUCUUGAGAGGUUUUAUGAUGUCAAUUUGUACGGGAAAUAAGUGAAAUAUUCUUUCGUACUAGUUCCUAUUUUAACCGUUCAUCUUACCAAACAUACAUGUGCAAAGAUGUUGCAUUUCGAAUAAGAUUUGAGCAUGCUCACAUGU